AUGUCAAACGGAACAAAACGAAUAGGUCUGCCAUUAGAAAAUAAGGAAUAUAAACAAGCCCAUCAAAAAUCAGUUACUAGAGAUGCCAAUGGAUUUAGAUUAAGACAACAAGAGAUUGAUAAAUCAAUACGAUUAGAUGAUGAUCCUGAAAACUCAGGGAAUAAUUAUGGACAUCAUAAAACUAUAGAAGAAAAAGAAGCAGAAGGAGCAGAAUAUAUAAUAGAAGGAAAUUUAAGAAAAGUAACUCCAUAUUAUUAUACAUAUAUGACAUAUUGUAAAUUAAGAUGGAGAGAUCGUACAUUAUUAGAUAUUUUUAUUGAAGAAUUUAGAGAUAGAACUCCAGAAACUUAUAAAAAGGCAAUAGAAUCAGGUCAAGUUAAAUUAAAUUUAAAAAUUGCAAAUUUACAAACAAUUGUUAAAAAUGGAGAUUUAAUUACUCACCGUGGAUUUAGAAGAGAAGCUCCAAUAAGUUCAAAACCAAUAAAAAUUGUAUUUGAAAAUGAUGAUUUAUUAAUUAUUGAUAAACCAAGUGGUAUACCUGUUCAUCCAGCAGGUAGAUAUAGAUAUAAUACCGUUACUAAAAUUUUACAACAUGAAUUUAAAAAAACUGUUCAUCCUUGUAAUAGAUUAGAUAGAUUAACUUCUGGUUUAAUGUUUUUAGGUAAAACAAGUAAAGGUUCAAAUGAAUUUAUGAAACAAAUUCGAGAUAGAAAUGUUUCAAAAUAUUAUAUUGCAAGAGUUAAAGGAAAAUUUCCAACUAAGGAUAUUAUUGUUGAGAAACCAAUUUUCACAAUAAGUCCGAAACAUACAUUAAAUGUUGUUGAUGAAAAACAAGGAAAAGAAGCUAAAACAGAAUUUAGAAGAGUUUCAUAUGAUCCAAUAACUAAUACUAGUGUGAUAACUUGUCAUCCAUUAACUGGACGAACUCAUCAAAUAAGAGUUCAUUUACAAUACAUAGGAUAUCCUAUAGCUAAUGAUCCAUUAUAUUCUAAUUCAUAUAUUUGGGGUGAUAAUUUAGGUAAAGAUGGUAUAGCUGAUUUAGAAGAUGUUAAAAAUAAAAUAGAUUCAAUUGGUAAAACAAAAGCAGCAUCAAGUUGGAUACUACCGAAUGAAAAAGGUGAAAUUCUAACAAACGAAUUAUGUCCACAUACUGGAUUACAAUUAUAUACUGAUCCUGGAAGAAAUGAUUUAGAAUUAUGGUUACAUGCUUAUCAAUAUGAAGCAGAUGAUGGUUCUUGGUCUUAUAAGACACAAUAUCCUGAAUGGGCAAUUGAACCAAGUAGAAAAUUUAUGGAAUUAGCUAUACAAGAAGCUAAAAAAUGUGGAGAAACUCAAACUCAAUUUAAUGUUGGUUCAGUUUUAGUUUUAAAUGGUGAAAUUUUAUCUACUGGUUAUUCAAGAGAAAUUGAAGGAAAUACUCAUGCAGAACAAAAUGCAUUAACAAAAUAUUUUAAUAAAAAUGGUACUUAUGAAGUACCUCCAGGAACUGAAAUUUUUACAACUAUGGAACCUUGUUCUUUAAGAUUGAGUGGGAAUUUACCUUGUGUUGAUAGAAUUAUUGAACAACCAAAUAUUAAAUCUGUUUUCGUUGGUGUUGUUGAACCUGAUGUAUUUGUUAAAAAUAAUUCUUCAUAUAAGAAAUUAUCAAAUAAAAAUAUUGCAUAUAUUCAUAUACCAGGUUAUGAAGAUGAAUGUCUAGAAAUAGCGAAAAGAGGUCAUGAAAAAAUUGAGAAAAUUCAAGAGUCCAAAUAA